CGCCCUCCGCGUCCCUGCGCGGCCAUGCCCGGGCCCUAGCCGCCUUCGUUGCUGCAGCCACACCGCCGCCUCUCAAUGGGCAACCUGCUAGGCGGGGUUGGCCUCCGCGAGCCCACCACGGUGGAGGACUGCGACUCCACCUGGCAGACCGACUCGGAGCCUGAGCCCGAGCCCGAGCCCGAGGAGCAGGGGCCGGGCUGCGGCACGGGCCCGGGGCGGGAGCCGGAGCCGGAGCCCGAGCCGGAGCCCGAGCCCGAGCCGGAGGAGCGCGACGGCCCCGCUCGAGACGCGGACGAGGAGGCGGCAGGCACCGGGCAGGAUGGUGAUUCCACUGAAGCAACUGCUAAACCAAAGAGAAGUUUUUAUGCUGCGAGAGAUUUGUACAAAUACCGACACCAGUACCCACAGAACUUCAAAGAUAUCCGAUAUCAAAAUGACUUGAGCAAUCUUCGUUUUUAUAAGAAUAAAAUUCCAUUUAAACCAGAUGAGUCACGGUCAGGGAGCUACAGCGAAUUAGGUCUCCAUCCAGCACGGCAAAGCAAACUGUCUCCUUCACAGUGCUACACUUGCCCUCACAGGAUCUGUUCCAAACCCCUACCGAGAGGAGGCAGCUGCUAUGGUGUUUACAUUGAAGAAGUUCUAAAUAAAUGGAAAGGAGAUUACGAAAAGCUGGAGCACAACCACACUUACAUUCAAUGGCUGUUUCCCCUGAGAGAGCAAGGCUUGAACUUUUAUGCUAAAGAACUAACUACAUAUGAAAUAGAGGAGUUCAAAAAGACAAAAGAAGCAAUUAGAAGAUUCCUCCUGGCUUAUAAAAUGAUGCUAGAGUUUUUUGGAAUAAAAUUGAUUGAUAAAAUGGGGAACGUUGCUCGGGCUGUUAACUGGCAGGAAAGAUUUCAGCAUCUGAAUGAGUCUCAGCACAACUAUCUAAGAAUCACCCGUAUUCUUAAAAGCCUCGGUGAGCUGGGAUAUGAAAGUUUUAAAUCUCCUCUUGUAAAAUUUAUCCUUCACGAGGCCCUUGUGGAAAACACCAUUCCCAAUAUUAAGCAGAGUGCGCUGGAGUAUUUUGUUUAUACCAUCAGAGACAGGAGAGAGAGGAGAAAGCUCCUGCGAUUUGCCCAGAAACAUUACAGACCUUCUGAGAACUUUAUCUGGGGGCCACCAAGGAAAGAGCAGGCAGAGGCCAGCAAGGGCCAGAAGGUGGCUGCCCCUCCUGGCUCCAGUCACAACGGUCAGACUUCUAUGCACAAAAAAGCCAAGGACGACAAAAAUUCCUCCACUGCUGUUCACCUAAAUAGCAAAACAGCUGAAGAGAGGAAAGUGGCACCCAAAGAGCCCGGGGAAGAGACAGGGAAGCCCAGCCUGGAGCCCAGCAGUGACCCUGCAAAGCCCACAAACCUCGAGGACAGUGGGGCUGAAAGCACAAGUUUGCAACUGGAAAAAACAGCUGUUAGCCCUGCAGAAAACACCGAGGGCUUGUCACCUUCUGAAAAAGAGGAAGAGGGGGAAAAUCAUAGCAAAGGCGACAGAAGCGAGGCUGAGAGUACCAGCUGCCACGAUGAGGUUCCGUGACAGUGAAGCCCCAGAAAGCCACAGCCCAGUUUAGGUUAAGAGGGAAAAGCUGCCUGAGGCUAUCUUAAAGAACAGUGACAAGGUCACAUGUCAAAUGUAAGCCCUCUGAUUGUGAUUUCCAUUGUAAACAUUUUGUUGUUUUUUUAUUUUUGGAUGACAAUCAGAUACUUAAUAAGUUUUAAGAUGAGAGCCAAUAAAUGAAUGUUUUAGGAUGUGAGUUCUCAAAUUCUCUAUAUGAUGAUAGUUUUAGGUUAUUUUCAAGACAUCUAGAAAAAGAUCAUGUAUUUGGAUUAUCAAAUACUUUGUUUUGAGAGAAUCUACAUGAAGAAAAAGAAUAAUUUCAUUAUAUCACUACAACUUUCCCUGAUUUUUAGAUUAAUUUUUGAAGCUGGAAGAAAGAGUCUUGGUGUUCUCAAAUAUAUUCGGAAAAUAAUUUAGAUUCUUUGACUACACACCUCAUUGUGCUUAUUUUUAGUGUGAUAAGUAGAAUGGAUGUCCCUGGGACUCUCUGACUACCCAGCUCACUUGGUGGUGCCCUGUCUCUCCUGUCCCCUCCCUUACCCCAGCCUCCAUCUUUGUCAGCUACCAUGUGCCUUUCUAGCACAUUAGAGUGGUCUUUAUUGACAUCUAACUGGAACAGAGAGGGCCUUUUUUUUUUUUUUGGUACCAGGGAUCGAACUCCUGUCCUUGUGCUUGCAAGGCAGGCGGCAGAACCACAGAGCUAAAUCCCCGGCCCCUAGAGAGGGACUUUUAAUUGUAUGAUUUUAGAAAUUUUCUUUGUUUAAUAAAAAUGUUUUCUCUAUUAAGUGUUUAAAAACAAAUUUUAGUACAAGAGUAAAAAAAAAGUAUUUUGCUUUCUGUGGCUAUUCCAUAUAAAUUUGGUGGUUGCUUCUGGAUGUAGAUGACUGAAGCAUUAAAAAAUGAGAAGGGAAAUUACUCAUUUUUUUCAUUUUUAAAAAGCAUGUCUCUUGCACUGUCAAUAAGCAGUCCCUUAAAUUACUAAAAUCUUGGUGUUAUGUAAAUUAUGAAUUUACUAAUGUUGCAUAGUUCACAAUGUCUCUCUAUAUAUUAUGUAAUUUUACAUCAUCAAACUUUGAAAUUGAGAACAGUUUGAAAUUCCAUGCACUCAGUUCUAAUGAGUACUGAAUAUGUUACAUAGCAUUGGUCAUACACAAUUUUAUUUCCUACAACAUUAUUAUUAAUUCAUUGGAAAUGAGAAAAUCAAACACUGUGAUAAGAACUGCAAAAUGUACGUACAAAAAUAGAAAAUGAGUAGAUAAGACAUUUUCACUAUAUUUCAUUUAGAAAAGAAUUGACUCCUUUUUGAUCUCUCUCUCUCAGGCUUUUAAGAAAAAUUUACCUUAAUCCCCGGAGGAUUUUUUUGCCCAUGUUACGUGUUAAACUCAGGACCCUUGCUCUGAACUAAAUCCUCACCCACUCACCCCCUUUUUUAAACACAGAGUCUAAGUGGCUUGUUGCCCAGGCUGUAACUUGCAGUCCUCCCGCCUCAGCUUCCCAGCAGGCUGAGAUUAGGGCCUGUGCCACCGUGCCUAGCAGGCAUUAUUAAAAUUUUAUAUCACAUUAUCAUCUUCUGUUGCCUCUAUCAACCCACACUUUCAACAAUGGAUUUCUAGAAAAUAGUUAACAAUGAUAGGAUGCUUUUAGAAUUGGGAUUUUAUUGCUUUGAAAUAUACACAAAACUGUCCCAGUUGCUUAACCUUGAUUUUUUAUGUGAAUCUUAGUGGCAGUCACAUAGCAUAUAUCAUAUUCCAAUAAGUAGAUACAGAAUGCUUGAUCAUUUUUAGUUCCCAUAAUAUGUCAAUUUUUGCUUUAUGCUGUUUGUGUACUGUUUAACAAUUUAGAUUUACAUUUCAGUUUCUUUCUUACCUGCAAGAAAUACAUGGACCCUUUUAUGUGGUGCUUCUAACAAUGUCCCCAUAGAUCUCAAUAAACAGUUUCCUAGGAUUAGGGGAUGCCCGUAUAUUGUCAAAUUGGUCUGGAUUGUAAUUCUUACAAAUUUUGCAUAUAGGACAUGUUCAGACCACUUUCUGAGUGUUUAAUGUUACAUAUAUAUGACCCAAUACUAUUAAUAAACAGUUAUCAGAUAUAAAAUAAUAUAAUCUCAACUACUUAUAAAUUGUUUCAUAGCAGAGCCCUUGGAGGUAAAAGCAUUUCAUUUAACAACUGAGCUUUUAGAGUAUUUAUGAGAUUUUGUCAGGUCAUACCAUUUAAUAUGAAAAUAUUUUGUUUCAAGGGGAGAACUGCCCUGCUUCCAUACAAAAUAGUGGCCUUUUUCCUCCAUAAUGUUUUUAAAAUGCAUAUUCAUAUCUGAUACUAUGUUUCCUACAUUUAAUCUGUAAAUAAAGAGAGAAUUAUUUAGUGGAGAACAAGUAAGGGGAUGUCAUUCCUUUUGAAGAUAGAAUUUUUUCUAUUAAUACUUUGUACAUUUAAUAGUUUUUUAAAUAAGAUGUAUAGAUAUGUAUGUGUCUUAGAUAUGAAACUGGCCUCCAGUUUAACUCCUAUGUUUUAUAUUUUUAAAAACAACCACAUGCUUGCCAAAAUUUGCAGAGAACAUAUUACAGAAAAUGCAGUGAGCAUGGCCAAAUAGCUAGAAACAUUAUUGAAUAUUUGCAAAUAUAUAGUCUUUAUUGUUGUACUACAGCCUGCAAGGAUGCUAAAUAUUGGCUAUUCAUAACAUACUAAUUUGCAUAUCAUGGCAAAUAGAUAUUGUCUGAUAAGUCUAAUACAUUUCUAGUAUUUUGUGCUUUCAUAUAUCAAAGAUUAUGUGAAAUUAUUUUGAAAUACUGUAAAGUGACAUGAUAAGAUAUAUUUCUGUACAGUAGAAGAGUUUCUAACAUUAAGAUUAUUGUAACAUACAUUUUUAUGUUCAGUCUCAAGAAAUGCAGAGUAACUAUGAUAGAAGUGAAGAUCUGUCUGCUCUCACUAAAUCAAGUCUAAUUGUCAGUUCAAAACUUAUAUUGUUUUGUUUUAGGUUUUGAGACUGCUUUUUUCCAGGUUUAAGGAGAAGAUAAAAGCUACACCUCAGGAGUUCCUAGGGAAGUUCUAAGAGUUUUUGCUCAUUUUUAAAAACAUAAUCAUAUAAAAAUGCCAUAAAAUCUGUCCUAGUCAUUGUUUUGUGUCUUAUCAUAGCAAAUUACCUAUUUGGCUUCUAGCUUUUAAACUUUAAUCUGAGUAGGCGUAUGAGCUGGUGAAAAAGGAAAAACAGUACAGGGCUACAUCUGAGCUUUUUCAAAAAUCAUUUUGGGAAAUAAACUUCCACAUCAGAUGUUCAAAAAUUGUUUAGAUUUAUGGAUAGAGAAUAUUGGUUAAUUGUUUCACCAUUAAAUUUGCCGAGUUUAUAAGUAGAGUUAUGACUGAGUUUAUAAUGCACUUAGUAACUAAGUCAAGCAAUUUUUUUAAACUAUAGUUGAGGCUCUUCUAAAAGUCUGUAUUUUGUAACCCAAGAAAAGAAAGAUCCUCUGGAUUUUGCUUAAUUAUAUCUACAGGGCUUUCAUGUCUGUUUGGUAUAAAUAGGGAAUCCCUUGUUACAAGAAUGGUUUUGAAGAUCUCUAUUUUGUUUUUCACUUAGAAAAUUCUCCUUUCUCUUUGGGGCAUAUGUGUUACGUAUAAGGUAGGACGGAAUUAGAAAUACAAGGAUCAUUUUAAAUGUGGGUGCAAUUGUAGAGAAGAAAUAUGGCCGAGUCAAUAUUGGACCUAGGAAGUUAGGCACGUGUAUCUGCUGACUUCUGCCAGCUUUGAGUUCUGUGCUGUUUUUAAAGGAACAGAUUUGUGUGAAUUAUCUCCAGGGUGACAGUGAGUACUUUCUUGCCUCCUGCCUUGUUCCGGUUACCAACCUACCCAGCAGAUUGUGUUCAGGGACAGACUGUUUUUAGAAAUCUCUUAUUGAAAUGAAUAAUCAUAUAGUUAUGUGAGUGCCUGGAGGUGUCCAGUUGUGCCUUUAUGAAUGUAAGGGGUUUUCAUUCAGAAAUUCACAUUUUUAUUCAUUGUGAAAGCUUGUCAUAAAGAACUUUCCAAACCAUGAGCAUCAAUUAUGUUAAUGACAUUUACUUCAGUGCUUUAUUAUUUUGGAGCAGUUGUCAUUUGAGACAAGAGCAUUGGUUCAUAGAGAGGUAUACUCACCGCAUUAUCAGCAUUGUGAUAUAGUUGACAAAAAAAGGGCUUAGAGUAGGAGAGAUUAACUUGUGUGGUUACAUUUAUUUAGGCUUUGUCUUAGUUUUGGUAGGUACUGUAAUUUUCACUUUAAACAUUUUAGUUACUGCAGUAAUAUUUAUGUUUUACUUCUUGUUCUUUAAUGCAUAUAGAUGCAAAAAUAGUAUUAGAAAAACUAUUAAAAUUUUAAUUCUAGUAGAUAUUUGGAGCAAUCUAAAAAUAAUUUGAGAAAUUUUUAUGCUAUAAUCUUAUUAGGACCAUUUGAAAAACCCUGUUCUUGGUUUUAUCCUAGAUUAGAGGAUGUGUUCUUUGUCUUCUACUUUUUUGUAUUCUGUUGUGAAGUUUGUCUGUCUUGGCUACUUGAGGGAAAAACUUCUUUACAUGCUUGUUUUCUUGUAUCAAAGUUUUCAUGUGGACAAUCUAAUAAAGUGCUUUGUGUUGCAGCCCAAUCCGUUGUUGGAAGUAGAGUCCAGAGAGGGAGAAGUCAGCUGAAUCAGGGUGGGUAUCUUGGGGAAGUGGGCUCCUCCCUGGCGCUGUCCUCUUCCAUGGCGCCGUAGCUCCUCAGCCUUCUAGGAGCGUGGGGAUGCUGGGCCCAAGAUCUCUGAGUUCUGGGGAGGAAGGCCACACACAAUUUGAACAGGUGUCCAUUUUCACAAAAUAGCGCUGUCAUUUCGUUGCCACUGUUUUGUAGUUGUUUAGAAAAUUAUGAGCAGUUGGGCAUCCGCUAUGUAAAUUUUCCCUAUAUCUCUAAAGCUAUCGUGGGAAGAAUUUAAUUACCACUGUCCCCAAGUUCUUCGAGCAAAACUUCUUUUGGGCUGUUCUUUCAUAUAUACGUUUUAAUAAAAUGAUUCCAAGAAAAGCAUUCGUGUUCACUUGUUAUGCCAAAAGCUCUUAUUUGUUCUAGAUCAGAGAACCUUAUGGAAAAAUAAACUAUAGUGUGUAUCAUUUUCAUUUUUUAAAUUGUAAAGAAGUUUGUGGAACAGUUUGUAUUAACUAGAGAGAUUCGUUUUUCAAUAAGCUUUGGGCUAAGAAAUGUUCCAUUUGGUUAAAUGAGCAUUUUUUUCAGGGCUAACAUUUAGUUUCAUGUUAAAGAAAACAAAGGAAUAAAAAGAUGAGACCUAGUAACAAGAAAUCACAGAAAUAAAGACGAAACCAAGUUUAAGUUUGUGCGCAUGCCGGAGUUCUUGGAAGCAAGUGAGAAACGGUCAGAGAGGCUCUGGGUGCUCUGUGCUGUCGGUGUCAGUGCCCCGGGGCUUAGGGGUUGCUAUGGAAACAGAUCCCACUGCUGUUCUCGCGGGCACCAUGAGUUUUGUCCACUCCUCCUGGACACUGCUGUGGCUGGUGGAAGUCAUCAAAUGGUCACCAUCCAAGUUUAAUUCCCGUGUUGGUGGUUUACUAAGAAGAGCUAAAUUGACAGAGUGGCUCUAGAUAAGAGAACCAGUGAUAGGAGAGCUAGGGAAGAAGCACCUGUCUCCUGUGCUGGAGAGUGGACAGCAUGUUGUGUGGCAUUAUAACUAAGAAACCGGGGAGAACAAAGCCUGCCUCCCUCCCCAUCCCUGAGUAAGACACUGGCUCUCCUUUUUAUUACCUACAAAGGUAGAUCGGACUGAAUCCAGGCACUGUUUCAAACUGUGAAGCUAUGGUGCCCUUGUAUUUCAGACAUUUCAGGGAAGUGGUUAUGGUUCUUACAGAGAUAGGUUGUCCUUGUCAUGGAAGCACUGCUCCAGUGGCCCCGGGGCCAUAUCUGCUCUGUGCUCAGCAUGAAGGGCAAGAAGCUGUGUGUGUGUGGUACGAGUUGUAACCAGUUUCUGGAUCUGUGUGGCACUGUUAAGAUGCUUAUUUUAUAAAUCUGUAACUGUAUGGCAGUAGGAUGCCAAAAGUGUAUAAAGAGCAAUAGUUUCUGUUGCUUACUGCUGUUUGUCAAAAUAUUGUUUCUCAAUAUAUUUAGAGGUCCUUCAGAGUAAUUAUUUUUAACAACUCUUUCCAAAUAUAUGUCCUGUAAAACUAAUAAAAACCAUUUUAUCUUUGGUAACAUUUUAGCACUGUGCCUACAUUACAUUAUGAUGGUUUCACAUGAUUAAAAUAUCCUUAAAAAGCUGGAAAAAAUGACUUGCUGUUUUCCUAUGAUUAAACAUAAUUUUUUUAUUAAUAUA